CAGCGGUCGGCGGCACUCCCCCUGCGUGCGGCUGCCAUGGCACCUCCCCACGUCGGGAUUACGUUGCACGACGCCGACCAGAAAUACGACAUCGCCCGCAAGCACCUCGCCUGCUCGCAAGGAACCGUAUGUUUUAAGUUCGGCCCCAUGUACCUCACCGUCCCGACUGUCAGGGUGAUGUUCGUGUUCGACACAGAGGACGACGCGCAGUACCAGACGCUCAAGGCGGCCGCCGAGAAGAUGCACUACGAGUGCACGCUGGCGCCGAACAACGAGGAGGCCGUCAACUACUACCUCAUGGCCCACCCGCACUUGGUGUUCGUCGACGCGCGAGGCGACAACGCCGCUGAACGAGAACUGAACGGCACUGAACCGGCGGCCCUGUGCAGAAUGCUGCGAAGUUUCAAGGGCUGCGAAUACUCCUGCCUCGUCGCUGUCGUAAAGAAAGAGCUUGCCGAAGAAGAAGACGCAGCCAUCAUUCCGCUGCUCAGGUCUGGCUACAACAGGUGGUUCUCGGAGUCACUCUCUCUGGGCGUGUGCCUGAAUGAGAUGCUACAGAUCGAGCAAAACGAUCUGAUCAACCUGUGGAAGCUCAUGGCUUCCGAGACACUUUUCUGCGCACUGCACUCUUCACGGGACAGCGUCAUCGUCACCGGCUCAAGGCACGAGAUACUGUACAUGAACUCCACUGCUGAAAAGCUUGUCGGCUUCUCGGUCGAGGAGGUUCUGGGCACAGACGCACAGGACCUGCACCACCUCACGCUGCUCAGGCCGGACGUUGCGGGCAACAUCAGCACGCAGUUGAGCAAGGGCAAGGAGUGGCAGGGCACCCUGUUCCACAAACGCAAGGGUGGAGAAUGCGUCCCCGUGCUCAGCAAGAUCGUUCCCAUAGACAUUAACAUCGUCGGGAAAUUGGACUACGUCGUGUACGUCAAGGAGAACCCCUUCUUCUUGGACAAACCGUUCUCGCCUGACAUCAUUGGGAUCAGCAGACGACAGUCCUUCGCAAAGUUCAACGCCAUGAUAAUCGAAGCACCCGUCACAAAGGUCGUCAACAUGCUGGUGAAGGCUAAAGAGAGUGCUUCAGUACCCGCCGUGGCGCAGCAGCUGGACCGUGUGAUUGACAUCCUCCGCUCGAGCGAACUAUACAACCCGCAGAUCGGCACCGUCCAGAUGAAGACAGAGGAACAGGCAGCGACACCGGACAUAGUUUCAGUGCCAACAAACGUAGGACAGCCACAGAGACCAAUGGGCGUUCGGCGGUUGUCCCACGAGGUGAUGCAGAGGAGAGUGAGCGCCGCAAGCACGGCGCCCAGUGUCGUGGUUCCGAGCCUGGCUACGGCGCCGCCUAAGAUAGCGGAGCUGCUGGAGAGCGACGUCAAGUGGGAGUUUGAUAUCAUAGAGCUGGAAACGCUCACGGCACGGCGGCCGCUCAUCUGGUUGGGCAUGUCACUGUUCUCAAAGAUGAACGUGCACGUGAGCUUGGACACCGACGACGCCACCAUUCGCAACUGGUUGAAACUUAUGGAGUCUCACUACCUGGACAACCCGUACCACAACUCAACGCACGCCGGUGACGUCAUGCAGGCCACUGCCUACUUCCUGCUCAAGCUGCGGAAAAAGGACAUAUUCGACCCACUGGACGAGGCCAUAUGUCUUAUAUCGGCGGUGAUACAUGACAUCGACCACCCCGGAAAGUCGAGCCAGUUCCUCUCCAACUCUGACCACGAACUGGCAAUACUCUACAAUGACCGCUCUGUGCUGGAGAGCCACCACGCAGCGAUCGCGUUCAUGCUGACGCUGUCGGACGAAAAGGUGAACAUUUUUCACAAGCUGGACCGUGACACAUACCGCAUGGUGCGAGCGUCCAUCAUCGACAUGGUACUGGCCACUGAGAUGACCAAGCACUUCGAGCACCUUUCCAAGUUCCUCAAUGCCUUCCAGAAACCUCUCCAAGGCGACGCGACAUUUGAGGCUGAGGAUAACGAAGACGAUAACAUGCUGCGCUCCUCCGAGAACAUCAUCCUCAUCAAACGAAUGCUCAUCAAAUGCUCUGACGUGUCCAACCCGGCGCGGCCCAUUCACCUGUGCAUCCAGUGGGCGCAGCGAAUCGCCGAAGAGUAUUGCGCCCAGACGGACGAGGAGAAGCGGCGAGGCCUGCCCGUUGUGAUGCCUGCCUUCGACCGCGUCACAUGCAAGAUAUCCACCUCGCAGCUUGGCUUCAUAAGCUACUUCGUGCGUCAGAUGUUCCGUGCCUGGUCAGACUUCGGCGAGAUUCCCGAACUGAUGGAGUACGUUGAGCAGAAUUAUGACUACUGGAACGACAAGGACAAGGACAGCCGUGCAGCGAACUAGUCGCAAGCACUUCGCGGCUGACUCGUCGAGCGUGCACGACAGACUUCGGUCGCACUCGCAAGGCUUGCAAAAGGCACCGCGGGCUGAGCGCCUCCUCGUCUCGUGACUGUUAAACACGGUUUGUAGAUUACGGGACCUGGUUCUCUCAGAACACUAAGU